UCCUACAUAAAACCGCUCACACACGCAUGCGUUGUGAGCCAGUGUGAGAAAAUGGCAGACGUUUCUUUGGAUGAAGUGAUACGACAGCGCGGUAUUAACCUCAAGGCUCCAGCUAAACGGCCUAUGUUUGGACGGGGUGCAGGAGGCGUUGGCAAGAGUUUUGAUGCCCGGCAGAAGAUUGGGGUUAAUGAUGUCAGACAACGGCUUGGAGGGGGAACAGGUUUUCAAGUGAAAGAUGCUAGAGAAAAGCUGGGACAGAAAGAUGCUCGCUUCAAAAUCCGUGGCAGGGGAGGAGCAGGAGGAGUGCAGGAUGCUCGUCAGAUGAUCAACUCCCGCAAACAAGGGCAGAAUCAGUUCAGUGUCCUUGCACAGACCACGCAAAAGACGGCAGUAUCACACCAAUUACAGAGCCAGACACUUGUACCACAGAUACAGAUACAGACCAACAACAGCCCUAGUGGUGUGAACACAAGGCAGUUUGCCCCCAAUGUACAGGGACUGAGUGUGAGGGGCAGCGCAACGCCACAGCUAAGCAAUAAUAAGAGAAUGAUGGAUGCUCGUGAUAGGCUGAGCCUCAAGAGAAGCAUUGGAGGGAUACAGACACAGGCAGCUACUGCACCACCCUUAAAGAUAACCAAGACCAUCCAGCAACGUCCAGUAGGGAUGUCAGGUGGCAUUCGUGCAGCUACACAGCCUGUCUCAAAUGAGCUGGAUGGAACCAGUAAACAAAUGAAGAUCACUACUGCAAACAAUAUGCUACAAUCACGGUCUGGUACAGUAGGCUCCACAUUCUCCAUGUCAGCUCCAAUCACCAAGGUGGUUAAAAAUGAUGCCUACACAGCCCCGCGCCCCCCUGUUCCCGUGGCUCCCACUCGGCCAAACACCAGCAUGGCUGCUAACCGGUCCUCAGCUGCAACCUUACAGCCAGUCUCCAGGACGCUCCAGCAAAGCACAGCGGAAACCAGCACAACAGCUCCUACUCCCCCUCAGCCUGCUUUCAGUCCUUUGGAGGGAACAAAGAUAACAGUGAACAACCUGCAUCCCCGGGUCACUGAGGAGGACAUAGUUGAACUAUUCUGUGUGUGCGGUGCCUUGAAGCGAGCACGGCUGGUGAAGGUGGGUGUGGCUGAAGUGGUGUUUGUCCGUAAAGAGGACGCUGUGAGCGCAUACAGGAAGUACAACAAUCGCUGCCUGGACGGCCAACCCAUGAAGUGUAACCUUCAUAUUCAGGGAAAUGUCAUCACGUCUGAUCAGCCCAUUCUAUUGAGGCUCAGUGACACUCCAGGCACAGGCAGCAGUACAAAGAAAGACGGUCUGCCCCCAUCCUUGUCUCGCCCCGCUGGUCAGCGAGCCUCCUCUCAGCCUACUCCAGAGGUUGACCCCCAGACCAUCCUCAAAGCUCUGUUCAAGUCCACUGCACAGUCCACCUCCACCACUGAGCCUCCCAGCUCACAGGCCACCGCCUUUCGCAUCAAGAUAUAGCUAAUUUCUAGUGUGAAUACACUAUCUGUUCAUUAACAUAUUACUGCAUUCUCAGUGUUCACAUAUAAACUGGUUUUCACCUUGACAGCAGGCAGCCACCAUUCUCAUAUGAAACAGAUUUUUACACAUUUGAUAUACAUGACUACUCUGAACGUGAAAUUCAUGGAUACACAACAUCCUAUUUUUGGUUUUGUGGUAUCCAAAUGUCACCUGUUUGUUUUGAAGGUGGACCAGUGGAAAGAAAUGUGAUUUGGUUUGUUGUUUUAAUCCAAUGUGGUGAGGGAUGCCAAAUCAAACUGUAUCUGUAGAGAUUUUUUUUGUUUUUUGUUUUUUGUUUUUUGUAAUUUUAUUUUUUGUUUAUGCAAUGCCAGCCCAUCUGAAUAUGUUGAGUUUUAAAAAAAAACAAAAAAACUCUUAUUAACUCCCAUGUGUGGCAGGAAGAAGACCUAAAAAAAUAAUUGACAGACACUGAGCAGCAUUAUCAUUAUUGAGUGAUCCAUUAUGUUGAAAGGCCUGUACAUUCACAUUGGUGUGUUCAGUUAUAUUGGCUGUACCUCUUCUUGGGUUGCUCAGGUGGACAUAUCAUAGAAUUAAGGCAGAGCAUAGACCAAACAACACAAAAGAAACAACAAAUUCAGUAGAUACCAUGUCACACAGAACAACGAAUGAACAACAACCUAACCUCAACCUGAGGAGAGCUCCUACAAGCCAAAAUAACUGAAUUCUACUUGUGUGAGUAAAUCAGGGAUGAACAGAAAAUAUAAUACCAUAAUUACAGCAUAACAGUUCUCAACAGUCAUAUGUUGAUGUUUAAUUUGGUUUUACCAUUGUUGUGAAAUCCACAUUCUUGUGUGCUCUGUUUGUGGCUGGUUUUACUUGGUUGUCCCAUUUUUGAAGCAGUAUAUGUUUAAUUCUUUCUAGUAUACAUUACGCUCAUUUAUGUUCAUGGACUGUAAAUUACUUUCUGUUGCUUUAUCAGUAUGUCAGUCAAGAAGAAGCUAGAGAGGUCAGAUCUGUCUGUGAAAUGUCGCCAAUAAAUAUUUAGCUUUGUA